AUGUCGAGCGACGACGAAAAGCCCGCCGCCGCCGGCGAGAAGGAGAAGAAGCCGAAAAAGGAGAAAAAAGAAAAGCGAGAGAAGGGCGAUCGCGCCGACGUGUCCAAGCCGUCGUCCAGCGCGAAACCGGAGGAGACGCACACGUUGUUCUUCGGACAGAUGCCGUUCGAUACCAAGGCGUCGGACAUCAUGCCGUGGCUCAAGGCGAAUCUGACGCGACACGGGUGCGGGUUCGACAUCAAGGAGAUUCGCAUGGCGGGCGGCAACGGCAUGGGGACGCCGGGGAAGGAUAAAAAGUUUAAAGGAUUCGCUUUCGUAGAUUUUUCGACGAAUAAGGCGGCGAAGAAGGCGCUGAAGUUGCAUCAGACGUUGUUCAGGGGACGGCCGGUGACGGUGGAGCGGUGCACACGCAAGGAGUUCAUGGCGCCAAAGGCUGAUAAACGGAAGCGAGAGGCGGACGCGGCGGAUGGAGAGCCGGAGAAGAAGAUGCUGAAGGUAUUAGUGGAGCCGGAUGUGGUGAAAGAGAUGGUGGCGGAGGCGGUGGAGAACAGCGAGGGCACGCUCGCGGAGGGCGAUUUGGACGCGAAAGUUCUCUCAUUCUUAGGUCUCUUACCAAGGGACACGUGCCAAAAAGCGGUGAACGAGAUUAAGAAGGUGUGCGUUAAGGGGAAUCUCUCGCAGGUGAAGAAUAAGGGGGCGUACUUCAUGGGGAUCGUUCGUAAGGUUUCGAAGAUAUCUUGGGAAGCGCGCGAGAAGGAGCGAGCAAAAAAGGCCGCGGACAACGCGGAGUCUGCUUGA